GGUUUCUCACAGCAGACGACAGGCUAGCAAGCACGUUGCACUGUUCUCUCCGCAAUUUUCUUCUCUAAACCAGUGAAAUCGAACGCUAACAGGAUUUUAAGGUUGGUUUGCGAAUCCUUAUCUAUUGUACUAUGGAUUCAUGUUGGUGUCUUGUCGAUAUUAAUAUUUCGGUAAAAACAACGUAGUUAAUUUCCAGCCUUCGCUUAGCCGACUGUAUAUUUUCAAGAUGGCGGCGUAGUCGUAUAUAUUGCUAUCCGUAUUUAGCAGCCAUAUGCUUGUUUAUCAGGAAACCAAUGUUUGUUAGUCGAUAGAGACGGUCGGUUGAUAAGGUUGUCAUAUAGGUAUCGGACAUUUAAUGACGGGAAGUACACGGAACAAUUGUCAAAAAUUUUAGAAAUUGGUCGUUUUAAAAAAUUAAUUUACGAAAUAUUGCCUAAUAACCAACACGAGCAUGUAGGUUGAAUGACAAGGUUCAGAACGACCUACCAGAACCAAUGUGUUCUCUUUACUUUUUCUACUGCUGAUAGGGUACUUCCACUUAAUAUGGUUUUUAUCAUUAACCUUAUAUUACUUUAAAAAAUUAAGCCUAGAACCAUUUAGCGGAUAGAUUAAAUUAACCAAACUUUGAUUUAUAAAAGCGAACUCUUAUUAAUUAGCGAGUUAUUUGACACUAUAAUAUGCUUUCGUCGCUCAUUUUUCGGACCGAGUCGGGAAUUACGUUUAGACGCUUGGUGGCGCUGUGCAAUCGCAUAUUGACCGCAGACUUUCAACAUAGUCAGCUGCCGAACGGCAGCUCUUUGAGGUAGAUCGAACUAAGCUCUUCGGAACGAUUGGGCCUUAUCGGUCCGUUUUAUCUCUUAUGCUGAGUUUAUCUCAUGGCGAAACGCAAAAAAGCGAACGGCGGCGCCAAGUAUUUACGACAGAUGGAUGUUUAUGCAGGCGUCUAUUAAAAAAUGGACAGAGACGGGAAGGGGCAUCCGGUUCGGCAAAUUCAAAUCUCGAGCCUGAACGAGAGCAUUAUGUGCGCCCUCUGUGGGGGGUAUCUGAUUAACGCAACUUCAAUUACCGAGUGCCAUCAUUCUUUUUGCCGGUCGUGUAUUAUGAGAUUCGUGGAGACUAGUCGUAUUUGCCCUAUUUGCGACGUUAAAUUACACGAGACCAGGCCAUGGGAAAGUCUGAGAUUGGAUUUAACAUUGCAAAAAAUCGUCUUCCAGCUUGUGCCUGGCCUGGCAACAAGAGAAUUUCUUCAAAGGCGGAGAUUUCAACGCAUCCAAAAGAGUUGUGGAAGAGAUGAAGAGGCGGACGAAGAGGAAAUUCCUCAAAUGUCUAUCUGUUUGGAAUGUAAAGAAAAUAAUCAGACUCUCUAUGAUUACAAACGUUACUUGAAAUGCCCUGUUACAAUGACGAUUGAACAGCUAAAAAAGUUCAUAAGGAGGAAAUUCACAUUGAAUGACAAGAUAGAUAUUGACAUCUUUCACGCGUUUGAAGAACCAUUAGUCGACGCGAAUACAAUACUCGAUUGUGCGGUUAUUUUUGGAUGGACAGGGGUGGAACCUUUUCAUCUUAACUUUACGGUGGACGAAAUAGAAAAGGACACUGCACAGCCCCUUCCCCUCUCUCUUCCGGUUACGCCCAAGAACGCACGCAAAACGGCUAGUAAAAGAAAGGCAUCGCCCGAAGCCUCCCGUCGAAAAAAGAGUGAAGAAGGCGAAAAGAAAUCGAAUUGCCACUCGGAUGCUCAGCCUACUUCAAAGACACCGUCACAAUCGGUAUCGCCACCUAUUGACGAGAUGGAUGAAGAGAUGGAGAACUCAUCAAAGGAUCUUAAAAAGUCAAAAACGGAUUAUACUAUAAGAGCUAUCAUGUCCGACGAAAUUCGUCCUCAGCGAAGAGCGGCAAAACGGCUGUCAGCAGCUGAAAAAUCUAAAGAACCCUCAGGGUCAAAGGUUAAUAAAUUAGCAGAAACCUUGCGGCUGAGGGAAGAGAAAUCUUUGGCAGAAGCCACCUCAAAUUUAGAAGAGGAAAUCAAAAAAGCUCUUCCGAAUUCUGCCAGAGAAUCAUCUUUGACAGCUUCCAUUGCAAGCUCAAACAAAAAAUCCAAUCAUCCCAAAAAAAUUGUAGGCCUGUUAAAUUAUCAUCGCCAAAAACAAAAGGAAGAAAAAUUAACGUCUCAUCUCUCUAUUCCUACUGUCUCCUGUCGACCUCCCGCUAAGCAAAACUCAUUAAUUAUUAAAAUUAAAUUGCCAUCUAAAGAUGGAGAUAAACACGAUUACCGGUGUAAGCACAAAAGGAAAGACUUGACGGUAAUUAGGUCAGCUGAUUCGACCGCUGCCUCAAGUCCUGUUAGAUCACCAGCAAGGUCACCAAAGUAUGCAACAUCGCCGCCAAGUGCCCUAGUUUCAACUGAUCCAACACAGGUCUAUUCCUUCGACGCCCACAAUAAUAGCUGAUUUAUGAAAACUAAUUGUUAAGGAUUAAUAUCGAAAGAAGAUUCAUUCACUCAUUCGCUCUCAUUUCUCAUCAACUCUCAUAUGCUCUCUUCACAUUCGCUCAAUCUCUCAUUUUCUCUCCUAUUAUCUCAGCUUCUUCUCAUUCUAUGUGACACAAAUAAGGAUAUACGAACUACAAUAUUUAUUUAUACAUAUAUGUAUAUAUGUAUCCCGGUUAACAGGCCUACAUCAUGUGCUUCAUGGCGGUAAUUUGAGAUAAUUAUACAGAUAUACUUUAUCUUCAAUGGAAUGAUACGGAUAUGCUUUUAAAAUUUAACUAUAUUUUUUCGUAUGAUAUAUUUUAAUGAAAUUAAAAAAUUAGUUUGUCAGAGAGUUUUUUCCUUCUGUUCAAUUCUUUAAAUCAUGUUACGUAUGAAACAUACGAAGAACUUUUACAUUCUUUCCUGUAAAGAGAUAAGAAACAAAAGGGAUAUUCAUAAGAUAUCAUGUAUAUUUUACGUAUAUGUACACUUACUGUAUAUAAAAUAUACUCUAUGAGUGUAUAUGUAUAAGAAUACGUGAAUGUAUGAAUAUAUAUAUAUAUAUAUAUAUAUAUAUAUAUAUAUAUAUACAGUAUAUAUAUAUGUGUGUACGUGGUUUGUCCCGGAAGAAAAAAGGUGUUGUCAAACAAAUGUCAAAUUUAUUGAUAGAAAUAAACUUGGCACUAUUGGCCGGAUAUAAAAAAUUCGUUAUCACUUAUAUAUUAGAAAAAAACAGGCAAAACUUUGAAUUAUAUGUAAUUACAAACAAUCUGACAUUUCAAUUAUAUUACAUUUUUACAAGGGAAGCAGUUCACUUGUUACAGAAUAUACAUAAUGGAAUAACACAGGGAAUUUGUAGCCUUAUUUGUUUUUUAGAUAGCUUUUUAUACAAUUACAUAUGUAUAUAAAAACGCAUAUAUCGUAAUUUAUUUAUAAAUAGAAACCUGAGAAAGAACUAGAUAUCUUGAUUGGAAUGAGCAAUAGAAAG